CUGCUUGGUGACUAUUUAGUUUUGUUAUAUUGAUUAUUUAAAAAGCAAAGGUGAAACCAGUCUAGUACACCUUCUUGUAGACUCGUGCUCUCUAAAUGGCAAUUUGUGGUUAAUUGAAACCUGACUUUCCUCCUACUGGGUAAGAUAGGAGACUCCUCCCCCUGUUUAUUACAUACUAGAAUUUAAGUCUGUUCUCACAUCCAAAAUAAUUUUUUGCUUCUUGUAUGUUUAUGCCAAUAUUUCCCAUGUAAUUAAUAAAACAUAGUAGAUACCCCUACUUAUGAAUGCAUCCACGUAAAAUAUAUGCAUUUGUGUGUGUGUGUCCACUGUUUUUAGUGGAUCUUUGGAACCCAGUUCUAUAUCAGCCUUGUUCAUUAAAUGUUCACAUCUGUAUCAUAAAGCAACCAGUUUGCCAAAGAAGACUUGUGAACAACAGCUGGGAAAAAAAGAUGCUGAAAUCCACGCUUGUGCGACUGCACUCGAAAGGCAGGAAGGGUAAACGUAAAAAAAGUGACUCCAUCCCAGCGAAUACAGCAUCUGGUGUGGAUCCAGAGUCCUCCAAUGAAAAACAUGGCUUGGAAGGAACAGGUGAUGGGGAGGCUGGGGACACACAAACAGGCUCAGUUGAUGAAGAUAACACGCGUCAGCUUGGGGAUAUUGAGCUGCAAUGCAGCCUCUGCACAAAGUGGUUUGGAGCAGAUCAUUUUGGAAUAGACACUACGUCAUGCCUUCCUUUCAUGACAAACUACAGCUUUCACUGCAAUUUAUGUCAUCACAGUGGUAACACAUACUUCCUCAGAAAGCAAGCCAACUUGAAGGAAAUGUGUCUGACUGCUCUAGCCAACCUUACUUGGCAAUCUCGUAACAAAGAUGAGCAUCCAAAGACCAUGUUUUCCAAAGAUAAGGAUAUAAUUCCGUUUAUUGACAAAUACUGGGAGAGCCUCACCACACGGCAGCGACCUGGGAAAAUGAGUUGGCCAAACAGUAUUGUGAAAACUAUGACUAAAGAGCGAGAUGUGUUUCUCGUAAAAGAGCAUCCUGAUCCAGGAAGCAAAGAUCCAGAAGAAGACUAUCCAAAGUUUGGCCUUCUUGACCAGGAUCUUGGAAACAUCGGCCCAGUCUAUGAUAGUCAGAGACAAAGUAGUGCUGUAUCCACUGGUGGGAGUUUAAAUGGUUCAGCAGGAGCCAGCAGUUCAGCCAAAGGUAGAGGAGCAAAACGCAAGCAGCAAGAUGGCAGUUCAGCCAACACUGCCAAAAGAACACGGAGUGACCCACUGUUCUCAGCACAGCGCCUUCCUCCUCAUGGCUACCCACUGGAGCACCCUUUCAAUAAGGAUGGUUACAGAUAUAUACUGGCUGAGCCUGAUCCUCAUGCACCUGAUCCAGAGAAACUGGAGUUAGACUGCUGGGCAGGAAAGCCUAUUCCAGGAGACCUGUAUAGAGCAUGUCUGUAUGAAAGAGUGCUCCUUGCUUUGCAUGACAGAGCUCCUCAGUUGAAGAUAUCUGAUGACCGACUAACGGUUUUGGGUGAGAAAGGGUAUUCAAUGGUGCGAGCAUCACAUGGAGUGAGAAAAGGUUCCUGGUACUUUGAGAUAUUCAUUGAUGAAAUGCCCCCAGACACCGCUGCAAGACUUGGAUGGUCUCAGGCCUUGGGAAAUCUGCAGGCUCCACUCGGCUACGACAAGUUUAGUUAUUCCUGGCGCAGCAAGAAGGGAACAAAAUUCCACCAGUCGAUAGGAAAGCAUUAUUCAGAUUCCUAUGGACAGGGUGACACGUUGGGCUUUUAUAUUCACCUCCCAGACGAAACGGAGACUGCACAGUCUUUGCCUGACACUUAUAAAGAUAAGGCAUUGAUCAAAUUCAAGAGCUACCUGUAUUUUGAAGAGAAGGAUUUUGUUGACAAAGCAGAGAAGAACUUAAAGCAGACUCCAGGCACUGAGAUUGUAUUUUAUAAGAAUGGAGUUAAUCAAGGUGUGGCCUUUAAAGAUGUUUUUGAAGGAGUGUACUACCCUGCCAUUUCCCUAUACAAAUGCUGCACAGUGUCUAUAAAUUUUGGACCAUAUUUCAAGCACCCUCCUAAAGACAAAUCAUUCCGUCCUGUUAGUGACAUGGCCUGGAAUGCUGUUGUGGAACAUACAUUAGGUGAUGUCCUUUACCACGUGGAGACAGAAGUUGAUGGUAGAAAAAGUCCUCCGUGGGAGCCUUAAUUAGAAAAACAAAUAAUUUUUAUUUUUUCCCCCUAUCUUGUGUCAACUAUAAUCUUCAUGGCAGCUUAAAGUUCAAAAAUCUUUAAAAUGGCCUUUUUACAUCACUUCAUCUUCAGGUGUGCGAUAGAGGGAUUGCUUCAAUUUAAUAAUUUGGGUAUUGAACAGGUUUUAAACCUAAAAUAAUCACCCUCCCCCCUACUGCAAUUUGGCAUUUACUGCAUGUACAGCACACCUUGCAAGUUUUAACAAUAUACCCCACUUUGCUCUGUUUGGACAAAAAUGUCAGUAUAGCUAGUCAAACGAAUUCUGUUUGUCUGACAGUUAAUGCUUAUUGUUUAGUGCUACAUUUAAAGCCCUUGAUUUAUGAUUACAGUUGUAGAACACCUCAUGCUUGACAAAGCUGUGUACAACUAUAGCCAACAUACAAGUCUCCAAUGACCAGAGUUCAGUGAUCCAUUGUUCCACACUCCCUGUGCAUGAUGUCUUGUAUUCCUUGCCUUUUUUGGUUCUAAGUCCAUUAGCCAAACUUGGCUCUCUACUGCAUGGCUUGGUAAAGUCAUAAGAAGAAGUUGACCUUCAUGACCCUUUUUAGAUGGUUGUUUAUAUUCAAUAUUAAUUACCCAAUUUGUCACCUUAUUUUUUUGAUCCUUAUGUAAAGUGCACCUUUCUAAUGGGUUAAAUUUACAUUUUAAAAAGUGCAUAUGCUUCCAUCUCCCUUUUGGAUAACAUACAUUUUAGGAGUAUCGCCACACAGGCAGAGCUGGCUUCUCCAUUCUCUUCUGAAGCAGAGAAACUGUUAAAAUUAAAUCCUUUUACUAUAAUGCCCUUUCUUGUAUGAAUGUAAUAAAGGGGUUGGCAAUAAACAAUCCUGAAUGUGGCAUGGUUUAAAAUCUCUACCAAGUGGUGGUUCAUAUCCUAGAAUUAUGACUUAAUUCUGUGGCUGAAACUGAUUCAAACACACUAUACUGGUGACUCAAAUUUUUUUUGGUCAUUCAAAUGCAAAUCAAAAUCUGCCCUGGACUACAUUGCCAAACUUGGUUCUCAGAUGUAAAAUAUUGUUUACUCUUUAAGUAAAUGUGUGAAAUAAACUUUUUUUUUUAUGGUUUA